AGCGGUUUCUCAUGAUUUCGAACUACCUACCGUGUACCUACCGUAAUCUAAAAAAUGGCGGCAAUAUCGAAAAGUAUGAUGAGACCGCUAAUUAUUCUACUCUUCACCAUAUUUUCUGUUUCUGCUGUCUCACUCAAUACCCACUGGGAAGAUCAGGACACAAAGUGGUUGACACUAGUUCUUGAGGAUAUUCUUGUGUUGAAGUCGGACAGUCUUAUUCCUCUACAUUAUGCUACAAGCACAUUGAAGCUCUUGAAAGUGCAACCGUCCGAGGAAGCUGCUUUUGCCGCUUGUGAAGCAGCUCAGAAAGCGGAUGUCACUGAACUUGAUAACCUCUAUGAUGCAGCCUCUAUCACAGGUGAUCUCCCGGACUGCACUUUGCCUGACGUAUCAGGGGCAAAAAAGCUCAUCGAUGGUGUGAUUACCGAAAUCACCCCAAAUGGUGAAAGAAUUUACCGAGCUCUUCGUACGGCUGAAAGAUUGAAUAUCAAGGUGAAUCAGGAAGCAUUUGAUAAAAUCUUGGCUGAAGCCAUGAAAGAUGACAAUCCACUCAAUUUGGGAUGGGUUAUGAAUGCCGCAGCUCUUUUGAACAAACCUUUGACGACGAAAUAUUUUGACAAAAUCAAGAACCUGGUUGCACAGGCCGACGAAGUAAAUAAGAAGUUCCUUCAGUUCGAGGGAGGUCUCAUUCCCACUGCGAUUGCAGUCCAUGGCAUUUUAUCGCUAGCUGAGAAGCACGGACAAGUUCCAGCUUUGUCUAAGGAGCAAAUGAUUCUAUUCACCAAUUAUCUCAUGUCGCGCAAGCAUGUAUCAACUGAAAGAUCCGCUUAUCAUUUGGUGAAGACCCUGGGUGUUCUUGUGAAUAAUCACCAAAUUGUGCCAGUGACUGUGUCGCGUGUUGGACCCGUAAUGUCUGAUCGUUCGCAGCCUGUGAAGGUUGCUGUCGCGAAUGUCUUUGGCUUGCCUGUCGAAGUGAGCGAUGUUCACGUCGAUAUCGUUCCUUCCGGGUCAGAAAAAGCUGUGAAAACCAACCUGAAGAUGAAGCGUUUGGAUUCGGAUCCUAUGAUAUGGACAAUCAAUGCUGACCAACUCCCAGAAGAUAAUGGUUUUGUAAAUUUGAAUGUGAAAAUCGAUACGAAGGACAAGCGUCUAGUGGGUUUGACUAGCUCCAGCGUAGUCAUCAAGAAGAGCGAUGAUGUUACCGUAGACGACUUCAAAAUCGCAGUUGUCGAGAAGGACGAGACCAUCACGGGUGCAUCUCUCAAGAGUAUCCCACAGUUCUCCAAGCACAAGGAUGUGUUCAACGCAGACGUCACAAAGCGUAUACAGGCCACAUUCUCUGUAAAACAAAAGAGUAAAUCCGGUCUCAUACAACCACAUCAGGCGUUCAUCCUGUUCAAACAUGAGAAUGGGGACGAAGUUUAUUACACUGCUGACGCACAGAAGGAUGGAAAGUAUAUCGCUGACAUAAAUCUUGCAAAAUCUCACAAAGAUUUCGAAGGUCUAUCCGGAAAGUACACCGCUUAUCUCAUUAUUGGUGAUGCUCGCAUACGGACUCCUUUAUCUUGGGCUUUCGCUGAUUUCACCGUCACGGUUCCGCCUGUUGCUAAGAAAGAGGAACCAAAGUCGCACCGCGUUGACUAUCAGCCUAAGCCAGAAAUCAAACAUGUUUUCCGCAAACCAGAGAAAAGGCCUUCCGCAUUUGUAUCGGACACCUUCACCUUCUUCUGCCUCGCUCCCCUCCUGCUGCUUCUUAUUCUUUGGCUUCGCAUUGGCUUGAACUUCACGAAUAUGCCAGCGAGUAUUUGGACGCUGCUUUUCCACCUCGGACUGAUGGCUCUAUUUGCACUUUACUUUAUCUUCUGGUUGCGACUGAAUAUGUUUACAACGCUCAAGUACCUUGCUGGAAUAGCAGCGUUUACCUUCCUCGCUGGAAAUCGCGUUCUCAGAGCGAUUGCUGAGAAGAGGAAGCAUAAGACGGAGUAGAUCAACCACUGCCAAAUAGAUUAUCUAUAGCAAGUCCACGUAGCCUUAAUUCAUUGCCGGUUUCCUAUCUGCAGUUAUUCAUCGGAAUAGGGCUUAUCAAAUCAUGUGAAUUCCAUUCAUAUUUUUCGUGUGUAAGUUCGUCCUUAACCGGGUCAUCUUUGUUGUUUAUUUAUGGACCGGAUGAACACGAGCUCUGCUCAAAUAGCGCCUUCCGGCGAGCUUCUUUUCUUGAGACUACUCUGGUUGUUGCGAGUUGUUACGUGCACUUCUCUUCUUUGUUAAGUUCUCUUGGGAUUUCAUGCUUGUUUUUAUCAUUACGUGUGUCUAUGUGUUGAUCCAUCCACGGUUUUUUUGAGUAGUGGUGAUUAUUUAUUAUGAAGUUUUGUUUCCUGUUUGUUUAUAAUAUGAAUCAUCAAUAAAUUAUUGUUGCUUUC